CAGUCUUUCUCCAGCUUUCCUUCCAUUCACCACCAACUAUGUGUUGAAUAAACUCAACUAUGGUCUGACGCAGCUCAUGAAUGAGCUUCAAAAUUUUGAGUCUAUUAUGGGUGGACCUAGUAAGGGAGGAGAAAAGAAGACAACUACUACUACUGCUGCUGAUCCAGCUAAGGCUGAAGCUAACCAAGCUUCAUCUUCAAAAGCUGGAAACAAGAGGAAAGGUGGGCAAAACAAUAACCCCAAGCCUGCAAAAGCUGCAAAGGCGAGUGCACAACUAAGUGCACAGAAGCCUAAGGGGAAAAAUAAGAAAAACAAGAAAGGUAAAGGUAAAUGUUUUCACUGCAAAGAAAAGGGGCAUUGGAAACAAGAUUGCCCCAAGUUUCUAGCAGAUAAAAACAAAGCUUCUUGAAUCGUGGGAGGAAGUGAACGAAGGCGGCUUAAAGCUUAGAGUUGGGAACAGAGCGUUCGUUGCGGUCCAAGCUAGAGGAAGAGCUCGUCUGAAGUUCGGAAAUAAAUUUUUAAUUUUAAAAGAUGUAUUUUUUAUUCCGGAUUUUAGUAGAAAUUUAAUUUCA